AUUUUUUACGCCCGAAUUUCGAUUCUUCGGACAAGUCACAAGAAAGAAAUAUUUUUUUAUUAAUUUGAUCGGAAGGGUUCAAUUUCGAUACGCGUCAACCACAUUGUUUCAAUCUCCCCCAAUUUCUUUCUUUGCGUUCUCUUACCAGUCAUACACGUUGUUUUCAGCAGCCUGCAUUUUAAAUUUUUUAAUUGGGCAGCCUUGGACUUCAAGACUUGAAUAGGAUUCGUUUUUUUUAUAAUUACUGAAUGGAAGUGGAUAAUUUUACCUUCCCCAUUAUUGUAAUCCGAUUUCUCCAUCUUCUCCUGCAUUUCGCAAGUCCCAUUUCUUUUACCAGUUCAAAUCUUGUGGGUUUAUCAGCACAUCCUAUUGAACCUAUUCUUUCAAGUCGUCGAUCCAUUAGAGCUCUCCAUAGAUCAAAUUCCUCAAACGGAUAGUUUUUGAUUUGCCAUUUUAAGCUUCCAAUUUCUCAGAUAUAAGUUGACCCACCAUUUGUUUGAUCUAAUGUCUCUGUGAAAUCAAGACUUGGAAAAACUUGAUCUUUCACAAUCUUGAGAAGUGGGUAUCCAUCACAGUUCUUUGAUCUAUAAUUCCUCUCCAACCUCUCCAUAAAAUUGAAGCCUGAUCUUCUUUUUAAGAUGGCCGAAACACCUUACGACGGAUCGCAACAUGGACAAAGUGUACAGAUCAUCCCAUUCAAGACCUCCAAUGCAUCUCUCAGAGUUCUAUUACUACACGGGAACCUAGAUAUAUGGGUAAAAGAGGCGAAAAACUUGCCAAACAUGGAUAUGUUUCACAACAGAUUAGGUCAAAUGUUUGGGAGGUUGCCAUCUCUCACCGGAGGAAAGACCAAGACCGAGGAUGGUAGACCGGAAAAGGUCACCAGUGACCCAUACGUCACCGUUUCGAUAGCUAAUGCUGUAAUCGCAAGAACCUUCGUCAUAAGCAACAGCGAGAACCCUGUGUGGAUGCAGCACUUUUAUGUCCCUGUCGCACAUUAUUCCGCUGAAGUACAAUUUGUAGUCAAGGACAGUGAUGUCGUAGGUUCCCAACUCAUAGGGGCAGUUGGUGUCCCAGUUGAACAGUUAAUUUCUGGUGCAGUUGUCGAAGGCACCUUCCCAGUUCUUAACGAAAGUGGGAAGCCAUGUAAACCUGGAGCUGUAUUGACUCUUUAUCUUCAAUACAUACCAAUGUCAAGAGUACCCUUAGACCUAGAGUUUAAUGGUGUUUUAGGCACAUAUUUUCCUCUAAGAAGAGGAGGCAAAGUUACCCUUUAUCAAGAUGCUCAUGUGGAUGAUGGUUACCUUCCAAAUAUGCAACUGGAUGGAGGUUUGAUGUAUGGAAAUGGAGAUUGUUGGCAUGAUAUUUGUGAAGCUAUCAAGAAUGCACGCAAGUUGAUUUACAUUACAGGGUGGUCUGUGGUUCAUAGUGUUCAACUUGUUCGCAAUGGUGAAGGUGGAAAAGAUAGCAUAUUGGGUGAUCUUUUGAAAGCUAAGUCUUCAGAAGGUGUUAGAGUGCUUCUUCUUAUAUGGGAUGAUCCUACUUCUAGAAGCAUUUUGGGAAUCAAAACUCAAGGUGUCAUGGGAACUAACGAUGAAGAAACUCGGAGGUUUUUUAAGCAUUCUUCUGUGAAAGUACUACUUUGCCCCCGUUCUGCUGGGAAGGGUCAUAGUUGGGCCAAGAAACAGGAGGUUGAAACCAUAUAUACACAUCAUCAGAAAACAGUGAUAGUGGAUGCUGAUGCUGGAAACUACAGAAGAAGAAUAAUGGCAUUUGUUGGAGGUCUUGAUUUAUGUAAUGGGCGUUAUGAUACACCUGGACAUCCACUUUUCAGCACUUUACAAACUUUGCAUAAAGAUGACUAUCACCAACCUAAUUACACUGGACCUACUUCUGGUUGUCCAAGAGAGCCAUGGCAUGAUUUGCAUAGCAGAAUUGAAGGUCCAGCAGCAUAUGAUGUGCUCAAGAACUUUGAGGAAAGAUGGUUGAGAGCUUCAACGCCACAUGGGAUUAGCAGAAUCAAGAAAUCUUCAGAUGAUUCGUUACUUCAAAUUGAUAGGAUUCCUGAUAUAGUAAGAAUUGAUGAAGCCCAUUGCACAAAUGAAUGGGAUCCAGAGGGCUGGCAUGUCCAGGUGUUUCGUUCAAUUGACUCCAACUCUGUUAAAGGCUUUCCUGAUGACCCCAAAGAUGCCACAAGCAUGAACCUGGUAUGCGGGAAGAAUGUGCUGAUAGACAUGAGCAUACAUACAGCAUAUGUGAAGGCAAUUCGUGCAGCUCAACAUUUCAUAUAUAUUGAAAACCAAUACUUUCUUGGAUCUUCAUUUAAUUGGAGUAAUUACAAAACUUUGGGUGCAAACAAUUUAAUACCAAUGGAAAUCGCUCUAAAAAUUGCAAAUAAAAUUAGAGCAAACGAGAGAUUUGCUGUAUAUGUCGUCAUUCCAAUGUGGCCAGAAGGUAGCCCUACAAGUACAGCUGUUCAAAGAAUUCUUUUUUGGCAGAAUAAAACAAUGCAAAUGAUGUAUGAAGUAAUCUACAAGGCUUUACAAGAAGUUGGACUCGAUAAUGUCUACGAGCCUCAAGAUUACUUGAACUUUUUCUGUCUUGGCACUCGUGAGUCCUCCAAUGGCGUCGAACCAAUUUCGGAAGAAAAAGGGUCAAAUUCCGCAAACACCCCUCAAUCGCUUAGUAGGAAGAGUCGGCGAUUUAUGAUAUAUGUACAUUCGAAAGGAAUGAUAGUGGACGAUGAGUAUGUGAUAUUGGGAUCUGCAAACAUUAAUCAACGGUCAUUAGAAGGUUCUAGAGACACUGAAAUCGCAAUGGGUGCGUAUCAGCCUUACCAUACAUGGGCUCACAGACGAUCCAGCCCACAUGGCCAGGUAUUUGGAUACAGGAUGUCGCUUUGGGCAGAGCAUGUGGGUGGAUUGGAGAGUGGUUUUGAGAGACCAGAGAGCAUCGAGUGUGUUCGGAGGGUGAGAAUGUUGAGUGAAUUGAACUGGAAACAAUAUGCGGCGGAUGAAGUGAGUGAUAUGAAGGCUCACCUUCUCAAAUAUCCGGUUGAAGUUGAUCGGACCGGCCAGGUCAACCCGCUUCCCGGUUGCCCAACUUUCCCUGAUUUGGGUGGUAAUAUUGUCGGCACUUUUUUCGCCAUUCAAGAAAACCUCACCAUUUGAAUCUCGUGAAAAAAAAAACCCCUCACUUUUUUUUUUGUUGUAUAUCUGUACUCUCAUAUAGUAAUAAAAUAAUCUUGGCCAUUAGAUUUAGCUAGUUUUGGUGGUUCUUGAAAUUCUAUAUGGAAGGAUUAGAAUUUUGGAUAUGUGUGAUGUUUCUUAAAGAUUUGGAUUAUAUGAUUAUGAGUAGUAAUCUUUUUAACUUUUUUGAUA